AUGGUGCGUGAACAAUACACCACGACCACAGAAGGCACCCACAUAGAGCGGCCAGAGAACCAGUCUGUCUACAAAAUCGGCAUCUAUGGCUGGAGAAAGCGUUGUCUCUACUUAUUUGUUCUUCUUUUGCUCAUCAUCCUCCUUGUGAAUCUUGCUCUUACAAUUUGGAUUCUUAAAGUGAUGUGGUUUUCCCCAACAGGGAUGGGUCACCUGCAUGUUACAGAAGACGGACUUCACCUGGAGGGGGAAUCGGAGUUUUUAUUCCCACUGUACGCCAAAGAGAUACACUCCAGAGUGGACUCAUCGCUGCUUCUGCAGUCCGCACAGAAUGUGACUGUAAAUGCACGCAACCCAGAAGGAGAAGUUACAGGCAGGUUAAAAGUGGGUCCCAAAAUGGUAGAGGUCCAGAGUCAGCAGUUUCAGAUCAACUCCAAGGACAGCAAGCCACUGUUUACUCUUGAUGAAAAGGCAGUUGUGGUUGGUACAGAUAAACUUCGAGUAACUGGGCCUGAAGGGGCUCUUUUUGAACAUUCAGUGGAGACGCCCCUCAUAAAACCGGACCCAAUCCAGGACCUUAGACUAGAAUCCCCGACACGGAGUCUCAGCAUGGACGCGCCGAAAGGCGUUCAUAUUCAAGCUGUUGCAGGGAAAAUCAAGGCCCUUUCCCAGAUGGACAUCGUUCUUCACAGCAGUGAUGGGACACUUGUGCUCGAUGCUGAAACCAUGUGUUUACCCAGGUUGGCUCAGGGGACUCGGGGUCCCGCCAGCAGCUUGCGGGGACUCUACGAAAUCUGUGCGUGUCCAGAUGGGAAGCUUUACCUGUCUGUGGCUGGCGUGGGUACCACGUGCCACGAGAACAGUCACAUCUGCCUCUAA